AAUGCCUCUCUCUCUCUAUUCCUUAUUUCCUUUUACCCUGUCUGAAACUUCCAAGCACCUACAGGCUAUAAUACAACUCUCCUCUACUCUUAUCCCUAAUAGUACCACACCACACCAUGCAAGCAGCAGCAGUUCAGAACUUCCUCUGCUGCUCGUCCUCCUCCUCUUCCUCUAAUAACCCAACACUGCCACUCUCAAAAACCCAACAAGCUAGCCACAUCUCAACAACAAAAACCAAGAACCUUCCACCAAAAAUCCUACUUUCAUCAUCAAGUCCAACAGAGCUCUCAGUUCAAUUCAAGGAGAAGAUACUAUGUCUUGAGAUAAUGGGUGUUGAUGCAGGAAAAGCUCUCUCCCUCAAUCCUUCCCUUCACACUGCUUCCCUCCACUCCAUAAACUCUAUUAUCUCUUUCCUCCAAUCCAAAGGCAUCCACCAAAAGGAUUUGGGCAGGAUCUUUGGUAUGUGCCCUAAAAUCCUCACUUCCAGCAUCAAAGAUGAGCUUGUGUCUGUAUUUCGAUUCCUCUCUCAGGAUCUCAAAGUCCCAGAACACAACUUCAGGAAAGUUGUCAACAAGUGUCCUAGGUUGCUGGUUUCAAGUGUAAAGGACCAGCUGAAACCAGCUCUCUUUUAUCUCCAGAGGCUUGGGUUCAAGGAUUUGGAGGCACUUGCUUAUCAGGACCCUGUAUUGUUGGUGUCUAAUGUGGAGAACACUCUAAUCCCCAAGCUGGACUGCCUUGUGAACUUGGGGUUUUCAAGAGAUGAUGCAGUGGGGAUGGUUCUGAGGUGUCCUGGGUUGUUCACUUUCAGUGUGGAGAACAAUUUUAAGCCCAAGUUUGGGUAUUUUGUUGAGGAGAUGGGAGGAAGCUUGGAAGAGUUGAAGGAGUUCCCUCAGUACUUUGCUUUUAGUCUGGAGAAACGGAUAAAGCCUAGGCACAGGGAGGUUGUGGAGAGUCGGCUGAAGAUGGUGCCUUUGGCACUGAUGCUUAAGAGCACAGAUGAAGAGUUCAAAGAGUUGCUGUUGAGGCAAGGAGGAGAAUGAGGCUUGUUUGGGGUGAG